AUGUCAACGACGCAAAAAUUUUCUGAAUGUGUUUUUCAUAAACGAGGAAAGUGUGAUGUAUUUCGAAGUAAAAAGGGUGAUAUUCAUCAAGAAUUAGUUAGUCUAUCAAUGCUCAAUGGAUCACUGCAUCAACAUAGCCUCGAUAUAGGUGUUGAUCUGUCUUCAUUCACAGAGAGAUCACUCGUUAUGAAUCGUAUGGUUGUUCCUGAUAUAUGUAAUGAUAAUGAUAUGAUUUGUCCUUAUCAUCGUUAUUCAUAUGGGGUGUUCUGGCGACCAUCUUCCCUAUGUCAGUCACCUUAUCAUAAUCAUAAAAGGCCAAAAGCUACACAUUCAUUGGGUACAGAUUAUUACACGAAAUUAAUUGAAAUAGAAAUUUUUAAAGGUAAUAAAAAUUAUGAAUUUCCAAUUGGACAAAAGGUUUGUCGGAAAUGCUCAACAAAGAUCAAGUCCGAUUGUAAUAACAAGAAUAACGCAAUAUUAACUAAUGAAAAUCCAUGUUCGACAACUCGUAUUUUGAAAAUACAAGCCCAAGAACGAAUACAAGAUCUUGAAAUAUCUAUUGAUUCUGAAUCUCAGUCCCAAUCUCAAUCCAGCAGCUGCUCUUCAAAUUUCAUGUACACCGAUGAACUAUCAUUGAAUGAUAUAAAUCAAUUACUAGCGGCCCUUUCCAAUAACAUCAAACCUUUAAAAUAUCAAAUUCGGCAACCAGUUGGUGAUCUGUCCAGUAUUACCAUUCGAGAAUUAAAACGUCAUUAUGAAUCUAUUGUCAACGAGGUAUCGUCUUUUAUUUGUGAAUCUAUGGCACCUGGUCAAGGUCAAAGUCUCCUUGAAUUAUUCGAAAAAAACGUUGACAAUGAUACCGAUGAACAAAAACUUGAUCUAGGUAUGCAGUCGAUUGUCGAAGCUUAUCAAUCAGCUCCAAGUCGAAAAUGGAAAUUGUUUCUUCUAUCCACAGUACCACAACACUUUACUCGUAAAGAAUUACAGUCGAUCUUCAAUUGUAACCGUUAUAUGAUUGAUAAAAGUCGUCAUCUUCGUCAUCAAAAUGAUCAAUUUAAUUUAAUGAACCAAAAAAUUAUUCAACGAAAACGUAUCGAAAAACAUCAACUCGAAGUUUUUUUUGAUUUCUUAUUUUCCUCUGGCUUAAUUCAAGAUGUUGCUCAUGGUACUACCUUUAUACAAUUUGAUCGAGGCGAUGAAAUACUUAUUCCACAUGUUGUUAGAACUAUGAUGAAAAAUCACAUACUUCAAUUAUACCAGCGGCAUUGUAUACAAACAUCGUGUGCGCAACCACUUAGUCGUAGUACUGUAUUUCGUCUACUAGAUGCAUGCAAAACGCGAGGAAAAAAGACGAUGAGUGGAUUAGACAGUUUUUCGGUGGAUGGAAAUGCUGGAUUUGAUAUUCUUCAACGUUUAGUAAAGGAAUUACAAGUUAACAACACCGAAGAGAAAAAUUUAUUACAACUUAUUAAAUUGAGUCGCAAUUACUUGAAAUUUGGAUAUCGACAGAACGUCAGUCAAGAUGAUACUGAUUGUGCAACUCAUUGUCGAUUAUUUGCUCUUAGUGAUCCUCUCGAAAAGGAUUUGAAAAGUAAUUGCAACCAUUCGAAACAUUACAUGUCAUGUAUUAAAUGUAAUUCUCUACUUGCUUUACUUCGUCAAAUAGAACAUUUAGUGGAUGGUGUUCCAUCAUCAGACGGCAAAGAUGAACUUGAAGUAGAUCUAUUAACUGCUAAAGUCGAUAUUCUUUCAUGGAUGUUUCAUAUAAUUCGAGGUGUACAGCAAGAUAAAAGUAAACAGUUUGUUAUGUCUCAAUUGGAUUCACAAAGUGGUCUACUGUUAUCUGAUUGGGCGAUGAAGGUUUUACCACAAAUGCAUCGAGAAAAAAUGGAUAAUUGGUUUGGAAAGAAAGGGAUUUCUCUCCAUGUUGAUGUUCUUUUCUAUAUGGACACCAAUCAUACUCUCAAAAAAAUGACAUAUUUUACAGCUAUUGACCGAUGUCUUCAAGACAUGUCAUCAGUUCUAUGUGUAUUCGAACAUGUAAUUGAUCAAAUUAAAAUAGAUUUACCAAAUUUAUCUACAUUAUAUACACGUAGUGAUAAUGCAGGAUGUUAUGCUGGUACAGCAGUUAUUUUAACUCGUCAAGUUAUAUGUGCUGCUGCUGAUAUUUGUCUGAAAAGAACUGAUUUUAAUGAACCACAACGAGGGAAAGAUCAAGCCGAUCGUGAUAUUGCCGUGGCAAAAUCUUGUCUCAAAGCCUAUACAAAUCGUGGUGGUAACUUGGUAAAUGCAAAAUCCAUCAAAGAAGCACUUGAUGAAUCAUUUGGCUCUUUGUCUGGUUCAAAAACAUCAGUUAUUGCUAUAGAUGAAUCCAAAUGUAUUUUACCACAAAUUAAAAUAGAAGGUAUAACAAAAUAUCAUUCAGUUGCAUUUGAUGACAAGUCGAUUACUUUCUGGCAAUAUUUUGACAUUGGCUGUGGGAAGUCGAAGAACUUUACAGGUUUUAAAUGUACUUUACAAACGUCAGCAAUACUACCGUUCUCGGAUACGCAAAACACAAACAAAGAAUUUCUAAUGAAAAGUACUUUAUCUUCAGCAAUUUUUUUCUGUUCGGUUGAUUCAUGUUCAGCAACAUUUGAUAAUGAAGAACAACUUAUGGAUCAUGAACAAAAAGCCGAACAUUUGUAUACUGGUGAUUGUUCCUUAUCAACAAUCGAUCGUGCUCGACAUAUAUAUAUCGAGCAUUUAAAAGGAGCCCGUCUUCUGGAAGAAGCAUCCAGCAGAACAGCAAUUGACUCUAUUCAAAAUUCAAAUAUUGAAAAUAUUCAAUUUAGUAACAACGAUGAUGAACUUAACCGAAUAUUCUCAUCACAAGGUUAUGCUAUCCGUCGAAGACAAAAGUUAACGAAAAUUACACAAGAACAUCAACAAUUUUUUGUAAAACUGUUUCGCCAAGGUGAAAAUACUGGUAAAAAAGUCACAGUUGAAAAUGCAUUUCAAGAAAUGCGUCGUGCACUAAAGUCGGACAAUACAAAACUCUUUACAACUAAUCAAUACUUAACUAAAACUCAAAUUCGUAGCCUUUUUGGCCGUUUAUCAAAAAAAGGAUCAAUUGAUAGACGAAGUCAAUUGAUACACAACAAUGAAAAGGACCAAAAAAGAGGGUCUUAUGAAGAAUCGACAAGCAGUGAUGAAGAUGAUGCUGAAAAUUAUUUUAGAAAACAACAAGAUGAAGAAUUAGAAGAUCUUAAAGCCGAUGAAGUCGAUAAUGCAUUAACGUGCUGUAGUGAUAAUGAAUAUGACACGGACCAAAUGGAUCAAAAUUAA